GAAGUGUUAGUUGGUACAUGUCAAAAGCAAGAAGUUGGCCGGAGCAGGAAUUUCUUUUCUCGUAUGCGACAUUUUCCAUCCCCAAAAACAUGGAAAUCGCGAUCAUUGGAUGGAAAACUGUUUCCAUCGAGUGCAAGGAACCGACAAAGUAUUAAACAAAACGGAACCUUAUGAGCAGUACAGUAGAGGUUGACCCGCUUUGUACUACAGCGUGCGCGUGUGAUUGAACUAUGGAAUCGGAAACAGACGACAACUGUUACGAGCGGAAAGACAUUCCGGUCGACAGCUUCGGUGGUGGAGAUUUCUAUCACAGCCGGGACGUUACGACCCGCCAGCUCAACCGCCACCACCUGGCCAACUGUGCGUCCGAUCGUCCCAUUUCACUGCCGGCCAAACUGCACACUCCCGACGGUGGCAUGUGCAAUGGUGGUGGUGGACGCGAUCCGCCCGACAUGGUCGACAGCUCGUCACUGAUCAGACGAUACGCCGAGGUGACCAAGUUCAAACAGGAAGCAUCUCCUAGCCGCGGGAACAGUAUCCACCGGCUUUCGAAAGGCAAUCCAGAAUCUUCACUAGCGAUGGCCAAGAAACGACUGAGCUCGUUGCAUUCCAGCGUACAGCCGACGGAGGUGGAACCGAUGGAUGACGACAUGAUGCCACUGCUCGCGAGCAAUCGUGAACUGUCGCAGGAGGAACUGUAUGAAUCGCACACAUCACUUGUCUCCAGCUCGGAAGGGGGCAUUAUGGCCGAGGGUGAAGAUACGUCCAGCGAUGAAUCACAGGAAUCGAACAGUUCGGCGAAUGCUGCAACCGCGAUCGUUAUGAGUCUGUUGGAACGUUUGCUCCGCUCGCAUCCGGUGUGGUUCUUGCCCGGCAUACAACGUUCCGGUGCGAUUCAUCUGCUGCAGGGAAAGGAAGAAGGGACGUUUAUUGUCCGUGGUUCUAGUCAGUCCAAAACGAUGGCCGUUUCGGUGCGAUUGCCGGUGAACGCUGGUCCGUACAUCGAACACUAUCUGAUCCAAUCGAACGAGGGACAGCUGAGUUUGGAAAGCUCGCGCUUCAAAUUUGACUCCAUACCAGCGCUCAUCGCUCACUACACGCAAUGCUGUGACGAGCUGCCGGUUCAACUGUGUCUUCCAGUGGCAUUGCGUGAGGCGAAAAACCGCCAGCAGCUGUCAUCGCUAGCACUGUUGGGGCAAGAGUUUUGGCGCUACCCGAUGGCCAGCUCACCGAAACCGAAACCAACCACCACCACCACCACCGUACCGGCGACACCGUCCGCCACCUCUAGUCACAUGAACACCCCGUCCGAAGCGACACACUCGAGCGGUAUUGGCAUAUCCGUACUUAACCACACCCCGCUCGGGCCCGGUCCGUCCGGGAGCGGCGGCGUAUCGCUGGGCGCGGGCGGAACGGUGAGCACGUUCGGGGAAACACCGACCGACACGUUCUCCACGCUAAGCAGCUUCACGGUCAGCAAUGGGCAAACGCUGCUGAGUCCGGAAUCGAUCGACAGUGCCAUCAUGAUGUCACCGAUGGAUCCGCACCAAACGGGCAUCAUUGGCAAAACGAGCACAUUUAAGGCGCGCAAGCAGCAAAUCAUCUCGCCCACCACCACGACACAGCACGAGGUGGAAAAGCAGAUUGAACUGUUCAACGCCAACAUACUGGGGCACGCGGCCCAUUCGAACGGUGAUGCUACGGGCGGAGAAAUGACCAGCUCAACCUCAUCCUCCAUGGAGAGCAGACAGGGUGAGGUGGUGCCGAAUGUGUGCAGCACACUGGAAAGGAAGCCGCGUGCACCACGACCAACGCCACCCAACACGCUCAACAUUAAGCCAAUAAGAAGUCCACCAGCACCACCGGCGCGUCGUAUCAAGCCGCAGAUUGCCGGGAACAGUCCGACAGCGGCGGAGCGAAACACGUUCAUGCUUCAAAAAGACACAGACUUUACACCGACCACGGGCUUUCCUACCAGAGACACAGCAUUCCAGCGCAGAGAACCAGUACCAGUAAGCAGUACGGUGUGGUAUUGUGAUACGGACAAGGUAGCGGAUGGACAGGAGCAGCAGCAGCAGCAACCUGCGGGCCAGGCACACGAUCACAAACCAGAGCUCGACAAUCAUUGCUUCAGCGUACCGGCAAGCACUCGCGUUAGCCGACGCAACAAGCGGAAAGAGUCGAAACAUUAUCAGGAAUCGGAUAUCUUGGAAUCACCUUCGGUUUACUGUCGAAGUACGCUCGUCGAUAAAAUCAGCGAUUACGAGGACAUAUGGACGCAGGACGCUAGCAACAAGGGAGACCGAAGGUCGCUUCUGGGCCAGCGCCACGGAAUGUUUGGCCAUGAAGAUUUAACCCUAAAAGGACUCGUUUCCCCGUCGAUCGAAUCGAUGAGCUACCGGCAGGGCAAACUAACCUCCUACCGUGGUUCGACAACGCACGGAUCGCAUACGUACUCGGUGGACAAUCUUGCCGUCGGUAUGCCGAGCGGUUUUGAUUCGGCGAGUGACCGUGCCAGUACACCGACCGACAAACCAACCCGCCCCCCGGUGGCAUUGAAAACGUUUUCCCCAAUACCGAAGGACGUGCGGCAGCGAUCGUGUAUGAACAUCGCGCACACCACCACCACCACCACCACACCCGCCGGAACGCCGGUAACGCUGGAGGACGCAAUAGGCGGCGGUGGACAGGAGCAUAAACAGGCGAGCCCGUUCUAUGCGGAUCCGGCCGAUAUUUUAAGCAACAUUAUCCGCCGCAGUCCAUUGAACCGGUUGGCUUCGUCGAACAGUAGCCAGCGCCAUUCGGAGCCACCGAAGCAGCUGUUCGGCAACGAGGAUGUGCUUUGCCCGUCCACGGUACACCCGUGGGGCAAUGGAAAUGGUUACAAUGUGGCCGCAUCGCUGGACGAACUGUCGGGCGUACGGCUGCACGAGCUGAGCAUUGUCGGGACGAAUGAUUACGAUUCCGACAUCCGGUGGAAAACUCCCACCGCCUCGCUAAAGACCGUUGAGCCGGUGCACCAGAAAAGUGCAGAAAGUCUCAUGGGCAGUAGACCGAGCACGAUACACCAGAUUAUUGCGAAGAAGCUGCCGGCGCUGAAUUUGUCCGAACGACUGUUGGAUGGCGUGCUGGCGAACGAUAGCGGCAUAGGGAGCACCGGCGAGUUCGGAACGUUGGGUAACCGAGGCCAGCGAAAAUCGGCGUACGAUAAUGUGGAACGGCAAGCGAAUGCUUACGCAUCAUCGGCCAUUAAUAGUGCACACUCGGACGAUGGAACCGUUUUUUCUGAACCGUGGGAUAGCUCUCAGUGGGACUCGUUCCUUCCGAAUGAACGUGAGUACAUACGCCACCCAACGCGUGCCAGCUUUCGAACGUGUUCUAACGGUGCUACGAACGUUGCAGAAGCUACGAUGGAAGCCGCAAAUGUGGGUAACGGCGGGUACGACAACAGCAGCUCGGUUGCCAAAGAAAGCCGCUACCGGAAAGACGUACAUCAGCCACAGUCCCAGCAAAAGGUGGCCACCAUACUGCGCUCUCGUAGUUGCCGCGAUCGGGAGAUUCUGUGUCAUCCGCGCAACAGGUCCUCCCAUAACGGUCCCGGCGAAUCGAUUGCCACCUACGCCUUCUACCUUGCCAACAAACCGGACUCGACGUUCUCCCGCAACAUCAGCAACUUUAUCGCCUGCACUAAGGAAUCGAAAGCCGCACCACAUCCGCAGGUGGUGAUGCGCAACAUGCGCCAGUUCAUGUCCGGCAUGAAGAACUAUCUGGUGAAGCACGGUGAGGGUGACUUUGGCGGUGAGGUGCAGAAGGCCCGGGCGCAGUUGAAGGCGGACGAGUUCCUCAACCUCGACUCGAUACUGGAGGAGGUGAUGCACAAGCUGGUGAUACUGCCGUUGCGCGAACAUCUGUACGGUUUGUUCGUGGAUUACUACAGCCAGUCGGGCGACGUACAGCUGAUUGUGGAGAAGGUCCGGUCGACAGCGGGCCGCGGACCGCUUGCAUUCGGUAUCAAGGGCAAUGUGAUACCGCCGAGCCCUACAGCAAUGCGACAAAUCGCCACACUUUUCGUGCGCCUACAGGAGGCGGAACUGCCCCUAGCCAAGCUGGACCUGCUUCUUGCCGCGGUUUCGACCAUUUUCGAAGCGACCACCUGCUGCAACGGGCAGCAGCUUAGCGCGGACGAUUUCCUGCCCGUGCUGGUGAUGGUGGUGGCACACUGUGGAUUUAUCGGUGCCGAAAUUGAGGCCGAAUACAUGUGGGGAUUGCUGCAGCCGUCGCUGCUGAGCGGAGAAGCGGGCUAUUACUUAACGGCCCUGUGCAGCGCGGUGCAUGUGCUUAAGAACUUUAGCCUCAGCGAACAGGAGGGCGGAACGUCGACGCUGGAUUGGGAUUCCUCUACCAUGCCAAACUGUUCGUCGGUGCUACGCGUGAUCAUUCCGGACGAAUACAACGGCUCGAUACAAACGCGCACACUUCCAAUACGGCCGCAUACGACGACGAAGGAGGUGUGCCGAAUAAUUGCUCACAAGGCGCGCAUAACGAACGCCCAAGACUAUGGUCUGUUCAAGCUGAUCGACGGUGAAGAAACUCUCCUACAUGACACGGAAUGUCCGCAGGACGUCCGGAUGACGGCGAAAGGGAAACAUUUUAUGAUAGCAUACAAAAGGAUCGACGCCAAAAUCGCGUGGCCUACCGUGAUGCCAAAUAAUGCUGUUGCUAGCAGCAACACCCUGACCACUAGCGCUACUAAUAUUACGAAUAAUGCUAUCAUUACAACCACUACUACCACUACUACUAAUGCUGCGAGUGAUAAUCAACUAAAGGUAUAAGCGAAUGCAAUGAAUUAUAAGCUUCCAGCGCGCGUUAAACAUUAAGUCUGAUAUACUCUUUUUUCUCCGUAAGAUCGUAAUUCGCCGUCGUAACAUGUUCUUAGCGUUCACUUCACUGUUUUUGUUGUUUUUUUUUUUUUUGUUGCGUUCGAGUGAUUUAAUCGUAAUACACACAGACACAUCUAUACAUAUAUAUUGUAUACACAUAUUAAUCAUUAUACAAUCACAUUAUACAAUCGUGUACCCAGGACAGAUAGAGAAGGAGAAAGAGAGUGAGAGAGCGAGAGAGAAAGAGCGAGAAGCGACAUCAUUAUGGGCGCACUUAAAUUAAGCGAAACGGCUUCUUCUUUCUGGUCUUGGACUACAACGAAACCUCAACCUAUCUCGAUUCUCGUAAUUAACAAUGCAAUUUUACUCUGGAUCCGUUCUAGAUUUUAAUUCACUCAUCUAACACUAUGUACGUAAUACAAAACCGGUGCGAAUCAGUAGCAGCCGUACCAUUUUUUUCUGCCGGUGGUAAACGCAUGGAAGUAAAGAUAAUUGAUUUUAACUUACACACACCGAGCGAGGGCGUGUUUGAAUGUGGGUUUAAAGCAUUAUACAGGCUGGCAGAAAGAGAGCGAAGCUACUAGAGAGCGUGUGUGUAUGCCAUUCUCUGUGAUGAGGCGUCGUUUACCCUUCUGUUCCAGCACUAAUUUCGGGUUCGUGUGCGCUUUUUUUAAGUGACUUGUUAAUAAUGUGUUUUAGAAAAAAAAGCAAAAGUUAUGUAUUUUAUCUUCGUUCUCUCUCUGGUGGUUUAAAGUGUGGUGGUCUAUUCUGUUCUAUUUCCGUUCGGUCAUCAAAUGACAAAAUGUGUUCGGACACGCGUUUUACUGCGCGGCACUAGGCAUAACUGUAGGGAGGGAGUAGCACGAGCAGAAAAUUUGAAAUCACCCAAGGACAAAUGCCGCGCCAAGUGCUUCCAUUUAAACGCCUAGUCAGGCUUUGUCCGCAUGCAAUUGCUUGUGGAAGCGCAACAGGAAAUCUAAUUUAUUUCAUCCGACUCGGUUCGGGUUCCCAUAUUCCGUUCGGCCGGUUGGCCUCUUCCGUUUUGCAAACGACAAUGAUAACGAAUUGAGCAAGGAUCGUGUAGCGUGUAGUGUUCCAUCUUUUUCAUACAUCUAAUGUUACUAAUGCGUACAGUGAGUGCAUUAAUUACUAAUCAAAUACGUACUCUCGUUCCUCCAAGAUUCGUUUGCGUGUGACACAGUUUUUUCUUCUCAUGUGUGUGUGUCUUUGUGUGCGUGUGUGAGUUUGAGAAUUUUUAAGCGAACAAACAAGCUAACUUACUAAACCAACUAUGUAUAUUCUAUGCCAACGAACAAAAUCAUUUUCUUCUUAACAAAUGCCAAAUUCAAAACCCCCAACACACUUGCUGCUGCUGCUAUAUGAUGAUGCUCACAGUGGUCGUGAUCGCGAACAACUACAAAUGCUAGUUGGCUGGGGGCUAAAGGGAUAGUAGGUAGUAGGUAAGUAGAAUGCGAUGCGUAGCAACCAACCAGGCAAACCAACACCACCACCACCAUACGCUCUAUAAGAAACGAAUUGCUCACAAACACAGUAGGCAGGUGGUUUUCCUAUCGUGCAAAAACAAAAAUGCAUUUACAAUACUAACCCAACAGUGUAGGAUGGUAAAUCGUGACAAAAGGAUUUCGAGAAAGGAUCAGUAGUGAACGGUCGUGUUGCGUGAUCGCCGAGGGGCUCAGGUAAGGUAACUUGAUCUAUUUUUGAUACAGUUUGUAGAGAGAGAAAACCGAAACAGCAAAACCAACGUAAACCAACUCAAAACAUAAAACAAACAACAGUAUUACAGUAUGCAGAAUGGAUAUAACCAAUAGAUAACAAAAAUGAUAAAAUCCUCUCUUCUUCCUGCCCACAUCCCACUAUAACCCAUCCACAUAAAGAGAAAAACCCCUCAGAGCUGGUAGCGUAGAAAAAGUAGCGCAAAGAAAUCCUUUAAAUCGAUGCAAAAUCGAAAGAAAGAGAGAGAGAGAGAGAGCGCGAGAGUGAGAAAAGGAAGGAGAGAGAAAGAUAGCAACAGAAGGAAAAGAAAUAUCUUGCCAAAUAGGGUAUAGGAAGUUUUUUGGAAACAUCUAUUUUUACAAACACAAGCGUAUUUAUUGCAGAUAUAAACUAUUAAAAAAAUAAACUCUCUCUAUAUAUAUACAUGCAUAAGAGGA